GUGUACACCGAUGUACACGGCAAAACACGGGUGAAGACAUUGUCUCCAGGAACUAUCCUACGGCUCCCGUGGAGUAUCUCUCUCACUGAGCAACUUCCCAGUCCCGUACACACCAGUCAACAAUGCCGCACCCGUGGGAGCUUGAGUGCGACCCCUUCAACUUGACCACCACAGGAUUCCUGGGCAGGAAGAGGGUCGAGAUGCUGACCAAUGAGCUUCUGCUGAAGGACAAAAUCGGUAAACCCAAACUUCGUGGCCGGAGAGUUCCGAAGAACAUCACACACGGGGUGACUAUGACCAGUCCAUGGACCGCCGCACACGCCAUGACUGGUUGGAGCGGCUGUUUACCCACCAAGGCAGAAGUAACAGGUGUUAAGGAUGAACCGAAAGUUAACGAUUACCUACAAAUGAACAGGGGGGCGAUAACUUCUGGAGUUGUAACAUCUCAAGAGUUCAGAGACUUUAAAAAAAAACAUUUUCGAAUGUUAGCGCCUGCUAUACUGGACGGCGUUAGGUUGGCGAAAAAAAUGGAACGUCCACCCCCAAAAAAAUUUCCACCGGACACAGUAUUUGGUCGCCCAAACGUAAAAGAUCCGCCGUUUUCAGAUGUCCUGAUACACAAGUUCCAGAGUGAUUGGCUCCUGUCAUCCAAGAAAGCUAUGAAGAUGGCCAAGUCUAAGAAAUCGUUUGACGAGAAGUGGUCGAGGUGGAUGGAGACCAGAGCCAGUCAGCUGAGAGUCAAGAUGGCGCCUGUUGAGGUGGAAGAAGUUCCAUGGCGGCUACCCAAGUUUAUAGACGCGAAACCACACCUGUCGACCUUCAGGUCGGAGAAAGAACGGGAGGAUGCCUGGAACGCCCACGGCUACAACCGCGUGGGGUGCCUGGGUCAGUCCGGGCAGGGCGUCACCCAAUCCACCAUCCACGACCACGCCCCUGAGCCCUACACCCAGACCAACUUCGGACCGGUCAAGCGUAUCGUGCCCCUGGACUCGUUCAAGUGACGUCAGUCGCUGACCAGCAGAGCGUGAACGAGACUCGAAUCGAUGAAAAUGAAUUUGAAAAUGUUAGCUAGGAAGAGAAUAGAGUAACUGGCCAUACAAGCUACAACGUGUGGCACUGUACUCAUAAACUCACUAAUAAAG